GCUGCAGAGCACCGGAGCUGUCCCCGCUGUCUCCCCAGCACUGAUCCACGCAGCACUGAUCCACGCAGCUGUAGUGAGUGGAUCGUGAUCGUGAGUGGAUCUCUCCUCCAGGACCUCCAGCUUCUCCCCAGGACCGUGCGCGCCCUGCGCGGACAUGACCAUGAGCGGGACCAUCCUUCCCUCCAUCUCCACGUUCGCGCACCUCAGGGACGCCUGCUGGGAACACCGCUGGAAGGGCGCGGUGGGAAGCCUGCUGGACCUGGACCACGGCUGCGUGGACCACAAGGACGACGAGGACCUGGACAAGUUCCUGGACUUUGACUUCAUCCUGGCCAACAGCAGCGGCACCGCCGGCGUGACCCCCACCGGGACCGCCGGCGCGGCCCCCGCCGAGGCGGCAGCGCCAGCCUUCAGGCCGCAGGGCUACCAGCCGGCGGCGGGCUUCGGGCCGGACGUGGAUGCCUGCGCUCCCCCUCCGCCCUACAGCAGCCUGAUGGCGGAGCUGCUGCGCCCCGAUGCAGACGGCUUCAGCCCCCCCGGCCCCGUCCCCGGGGGCCCCGGGGUCCAGGGCCGCUUCCUCAUCAGCUCCGCGCCCUUCGCCCCUCAGGACUUAUUCUCGGAGCACCUGAGCAUCAAGGUGGAGCCCCCCUCCGCGGAGGGGUACGGCGGCGUCGGGGCCCCCCCCAGCGGCGUGAGCAUCAAGCAGGAGGGAGGCGGGUGCUGCAUGUCCCCCCCGGAGCAGCCGGGGUCCCCCCCCCAGGGCCCCGGCAGCCUGACCCCCCCCCUCAGCCCCACGACCUGCUGUGCCCCACGCCGCUCAGCUUCCCCCAGGGCUUCCACUGCCGCCCCCCCCUUCCCCCAGCAGCUGCCCUUCGGGGGCCCCCACCAGUUCCCCACGGCCCCGGGGCCCGGGGGGCAGCGGGGGCUGCUGACCCCCCCGUCCUCCCCCCUGGACCUGCUGGACUCCAGGCCCCGCCGGGGCCGCCGGUCCUGGCCCCGCAAGAGAACGGCCACCCACACCUGCAGCUUCAGCGGCUGCGGCAAGACCUACACCAAGAGCUCUCACCUGAAGGCCCACCUGAGGACGCACACAGGGGAGAAGCCGUACCACUGCAGCUGGGAGGGCUGCGGCUGGAAGUUCGCCCGCUCCGACGAGCUCACGCGCCACUUCCGCAAGCACACGGGCCACCGGCCGUUCCAGUGCCACCUGUGUGAGCGAGCCUUCUCGCGCUCCGACCACCUGGCGCUGCACAUGAAGAGGCACAUGUGAGGGGGCCGGGGGGGCCGGACAGACAAGGGCCGGACAGACAAGGGCCGCAGGAGGCCCGCGUUUGCAGCAGGAGGUUCUGCACCAACGCCUCCAAUCUGCCUCCAAUCACUGACUGAACUCCAGACCUGGGGGUCGGACGCAGCUGCACUCACGCAGAAGCAGAUAAAGGACUCAUCCCGAUCAUUAACAAUAGACGGGACAAAUGCAGAGACAAGACCGACAAGACAAAUGAUUGAAACAUCAUUUUUGAAGAGAAACGAUGAACAAAUGUGACAAAGACAGAAGAAUUCUGUCAGACUGGAGUCUUCUAACGUAGCUGGUUCUACAUUCCUGCCAUCAAUAACCUUGUUCUUCCUCUACAUAUCAGACAAACGUUUGUUUCCCGUCCAUUAGUGCCUUGGGCGUCUCAUGACCGCGCCGUCCUGUGACCUGUUCUCUGCUGGCUGAGACAGAAUCAGCUCAGAGACAACGUUUUCCUGAAAAACCGCUGGGACUGAAACAAUGAAAGUUUCCUGUUGCAUCAUCUCCGUGUGACGGGAGUUCAGACCGUCACGCCUGUAAAUAACAUGUUUAUUUUCUGUAAAUGUUUUAUUUUAUUAUUUGUAUUAAAAUAAAUGGUAACAAUG